AUGGUGGUCAAGAAGCCAAGAAUUGUGAUUAUUGGAGCAGGAAUGGCUGGUCUCACUGCUGCAAACAAGCUCUAUACUUCCAGUAGCUCAAACGAUAUGUUUGAGCUCUGCGUUGUGGAAGGUGGCACAAGAAUUGGUGGCAGAAUUAACACUUCAGAAUUUGGUGGUGACAGGAUAGAGAUGGGUGCAACAUGGAUCCAUGGCAUUGGAGGCAGCCCGGUUCACAAAAUUGCUCAGGAAAUCCAUUCACUUGAUUCUGAGCAGCCAUGGGAGUGCAUGGAUGGAUUCUUGGACGAGCCAAAGACCAUUGCAGAAGGUGGGUUGGAGCUUAGUCCAUCUCUUGUGGAGUCAAUAUCCACACUUUUUAAGAACCUGAUGGAUUAUGCUCAGGGGAAACAGAUUGAAGGUACGGAAAGCACUGAAGAGUUUAAUUUCUACAAGCUUGCAGCUAAAACUUGUAAGAUUUGUCAAAGCAAUGGUGGUGGUCCUGGAAAGCUCAGUGUUGGUUCUUUUCUUAGGCAAGCCCUUACUGCUUACUGGGAUUCCGUGAAAGAGCGAGAACAGAUAGAAGGGUGUGAUAAUUGGAGCAGAAAGUUGCUUGAAGAAGCCAUAUUUGCGAUGCACGAAAACAUUCAAAGGACUUAUACUUCUGCUGGUGAUCUCUUGACUCUUGACUUCGAUGCAGAGAGUGAGUAUCGCAUGUUUCCAGGUGAAGAAAUCACCAUUGCUAAGGGCUACUUGAGUGUUAUUGAAUCACUAGCUUCAAUUUUACCUCGUGGCCUAAUCCAAUUAGGCCGCAAGGUCACAAGAAUUGAAUGGCAGCCUGAAACUCACCAGUCAAAGGAAAACGGUUGUGCUGAUAGGCCUGUGAAAAUACAUUUCUGCGAUGGAUCAAUAAUGUCAGCUGAUCAUGUUAUAGUUACAGUUUCACUCGGGGUACUUAAAGCUGGAAUUGGUCCAGAUUCAGGUAUGUUCAAUCCUCCUCUUCCAACUUUCAAGACAGAGGCCAUAUCCAGGCUAGGAUUUGGUGUUGUGAACAAGUUGUUUUUGCAAUUGAGUUCAAGGCACCAUGAAGGAGAUGAGGAUUACAACAAGUUCCCAUUCUUGCAAAUGGCUUUUCAUCGAGCAGACUCCGAAUUGAGGCAUCAAAAGAUACCAUGGUGGAUGAGAAGGACAGCUUCUCUAAGUCCAAUUUAUAAAAAUUCUAGCGUGUUGCUAUCUUGGUUUGCAGGGAAAGAAGCUAUCGAGCUUGAAAAUCUUAGUGAUGAAGAGAUUAUUGAUGGGGUCUCCACAACCAUAUGUAGCUUUUUAUCACAACCCCACAAGCAAUUGAAUUCUAAUUCUCAUGAACUACGCAAUGGGAAAGUGAAAUCUCUGGGGAGUGCCGAUGAAAAUGGAGUUAAAUUCAGUAAGGUAUUGAAGAGUAAAUGGGGUAAUGAUCCUCUGUUCUUGGGAUCUUACAGUUAUGUUGCAGUUGGAUCAAGUGGAGAUGAUUUGGACACAUUGGCAGAGCCAUUGCCGAAGAUUGCUACUUUAGAAUCCGCUGGUUGUCUUCCACUUCAAAUUCUGUUUGCAGGGGAGGCAACACACAGAACCCAUUAUUCUACUACUCAUGGUGCUUAUUUUAGUGGUCUUAGAGAAGCCAGUAGGCUUCUUCAACAUUAUCAUUGUGUUGGGGCUUAG